AUGAAACAUGAGCGGAGCGUCUACACCUGCUACCUGCGCAGAAAGAACGCUUUGUCCAACCAGAACAAACACAUUUACAACGCCUCAGUGGUGGCACACUCUCGCCCACACACCCUGACCUCUCCUGAGUGUCAUGUGACCCCGCAGGCAGCCAAUGGGAGGGCUGUCAGCCGACGAUCUCACCAGGACUUGUCCUUUGGCUGUGACACUGUUGACGUUUCCAUGGAAACCCUGGCCUCCGCUUGGACCCGUGACCCCUGUGACUUCAGCGACCUCGCGGAGAAGUCGUCUGCUUGGGAGUCUGAGUGUGAUUUUACCAGCUCGCCCCCUGCUGGUCAGAUGUUGACUGAGCAGCUCUCCCCUCACCUCCAGAGAAACAAACAGCUUCAGGACACUCUGCUGCAGAGAGAAGAGCAGCUGGCCAGACUGCAGGAUGAGAACAACAAACUCAGAGAGUUCCUCAACUCUUCUUUUGUGAGGAACCUGGAGCAAAAGGCCAAGAAACUAACCGCUGAUGGGAGAAGAAAGCUAAAGAGAAACCUGAUGCACGUCGAUGAUGGACCUUUCCAGAACCACAGUCAUCAGCUCGUAACAUCGCAGCAGGUCAGCAAGAGAGUCUGCAGGAACCUCACGGCCGAGUUCUGCUCCGAAUCCUCGGAGACUUCUUCUUCCUCCGAACCAAACCUGGACCUCUGGGUUUUACGGACGCUGGGACUGAAGGACCGAGACACCAUCGACACGUCCAACAACUCCUCAUCUGGAUACAGCCUCGGCAGUUUAGUUUAUGAUGCUUCAAUCGCUUCUUCCUCAUCCUCCGAAUACACUCUCAACUCCUCUUUCAGCCCUCCAGUCACCCGUUCCACGCCUUCUUCCGUCCAAAGCUGUUGCCAAAGAUCCACACAGCAAACCAAUUGUAGGUACAGUGCUGAAUCCAACUGUGUUAAUCAUGCCGAGUCCCCUCAGAACUGCACAAAUUCCCUGGUUCAACACUCAGAGUUCACUGCCUCUGCACUGACCGGACAGUAUGAAGCUUCUGAAGCUGUGAUCAGGAGCUGCCACACAUUUACUGCCUUCCAAUCUCCACUACUAACAGAAGAACUACCGUUCACCCAGUCGCCAGAUCAAGCAGAGGUCUGCUCCAUCACAGCCUCGAGUCAAGUCCAAACUCUGGAGGGAAUCCCUGCAAAACAUCCGACUUACUGGUCUCCACCAGGAGAGAGAGUCCCUUUCUCCCCAAUCCUGUCUUCGAGUCCUGUCAUUAAACAACAAUGGACACCUGUACGCGACUGCAACCCGACGAGUCCGUCCGUGGGAGUCUGUAAGCCUCCAGCCAUGCCCCAGAUGCCUCGCAGCCGGACAGAUUUGGCGUUCAGUAUGUCCCUCAGCCCGUCCAGCAGUGUCAAGACCCACAGCUUCCCCCAGGGACAAGCUUUUGUCCGAAAGGACACCGGGGGAAGGUGGAACUUCACCUGGGUGCCCAGACAAGAACCAUAG